AUGGAAGCCACUUCCACGAUCGCCUGGGUCUUCGGCGUGCCGAACAGUCUACUUGACAAUUAUUCCGGAGCCCAGUAUUACCCGAAUGCUGCGGCGUCUACGAGAAUUCCAGGAGAAGCUGGGUACAAAAUCGGUCACAGCACUAUCUGGCAGGAUGCCCUCACGACUUUGCCCCUAUCUAGCUUUGCUGAAGAGGCCAAGGAGGUCUCCAAGGAUCCCACAGCGCGACUUUAUGGCGACUGUGACCUCGGUGGUUCGGACAAUGGCCUUCUUCCCACCCUCCUCGUGCAGGAUAGUCUCUUGGCUCCCCGUCCUCUCUGGAGAGCCGUUACCCUUCUGCGUGUCAUACGGACCAGCCCGGUACUGAGACCGCAGCUCAAACUCCGUGCCGUCCGUCCUGCUAGUCUGUUUGGUGUACCCCUUCGAGCCGGUUCCACCGAUGGUGUACAGCCCCGUUGCCCGGCCACUUCGCUGGUUUUGGUAUCCGCCGGAGCCAGUGUAGCCGUAUCGGGGCGUGAGGCUUGUAAGUUGCAAGAUGUUCCUGACCAAGGGCUUCAGCGAUGGACCGCAUGCGGCAAUGAUACCGAGGUUGAGCUGGAGACUGGAAAGAAGUCAGUAUGGCAGCUCGGUCUUCUAGAGAACAGGUAA